GCUGCCGCCCUGCCGCGGCUGGGGGCCAUGCCUCCGCGCCUCCCGCCCGCCGCGCCGCCCCGCCGCCCGCCCGGCGACCGGCGAGGCAGCGCCCGGCGGCGGGCGGGAUAAUGCGGCUGCCCAGCCCGCAGGCACCGCCAGCGGGGCGCCCCCGCCGCCGCCAUGUCCCCCCCGGCCUCGGCCGCCGCCGCCAGCGAGGGAGGCAGCAGCACGCCGGUGCCUCCGGAGGAGGAGGCGGAGGGGGCCCGAGAGGAGCAGCGGCCAGUGAAGCAGUCUCUCAGCAAGUCCCUGUGCCGAGAGUCCCACUGGAAAUGCCUGCUGCUGUCCCUCCUCAUGUACGGCUGCAUGGGAGCCAUGACCUGGUGCCACGUCACCAAGGUGACCCGCCUGACCUUUGACAGCGCUUACAAGGGCAAGUCCAUGAUGUACCACGACAGCCCCUGUUCCAAUGGCUACGUCUACAUCCCCUUGGCCUUCCUGGUGAUGCUCUACGUGGUGUACCUGGUGGAGUGCUGGCACUGCUACACCCGCAAUGAGCUGCAGUACAAAGUGGAUGUGGAGAGCGUGCACGAGCGCGUGCAGCGGAUGCAGCAGGCAACCCCCUGCAUCUGGUGGAAGGCCAUCAGUUACCACUACGUCCGCAGGACCCGGCAGGUUACCCGCUACCGCAAUGGCGACGCCUACACCACCACCCAAGUGUAUCAUGAGCGGGUCAACACCCACGUGGCAGAGGCUGAGUUUGAUUAUUCCAAUUGUGGAGUUAAGGACAUCUCCAAGGACCUCAUUGACUUGGAGAGCUACCCGGCCACACGGCUCCGCUUCACCAAGUGUUUCAGCUUUGCCAACGUGGAGUCGGAGAACUCCUACCUGACCCAGCGGGCCCGCUUCUUUACAGAGAAUGAGGGCCUGGAUGACUACAUGGAAGCCAGGGAGGGGAUGCACCUCAAAAACGUGGACUUCAAGGAAUACAUGGUGGCCUUUUCCGACCCAGACAACCUGCCUUGGUAUGUAUCCCACUAUGUCUUUUGGGUGGCAGCUCUGCUGACCCUAUCCUGGCCCCUGCGGGUGCUAAAUGAGUACCGCACCUCCUACGUCCAUUACCACGUGGAGAAACUCUUUGGGUUCGACUAUGUGGCAGUGACACCAGCCGAGGAGCGCUCCUUCUGUCGGAGGAUGCCCCGUGUCAACACAGUGGACAGCACUGAGUUGGAGUGGCACAUCCGAUCCAACCAGCAGCUGGUGCCCAGCUACUCAGAAGCAGUCCUGAUGGACUUGGUGGGGCUCUCCAGCUGCACCAGCUACUCCGCUUGCCGGUAUGGGGGCUACCGGCAGAACUGUGAACGAUGCCACAGGACUAUAAGCAGCUCCUCCAUCUUCUCCCGCAGUGCCCUGAGCAUCUGCAAUGGCAGCCCCAGGAUUCCCUUCAGCAGCAGCCGCUUCUCCCUGGGCCGCCUGUAUGGCUCGCGACGCAGCUGCCUCUGGCAGAGCCGGAGUGGGAGCCUGAAUGAGCAGAGCUGCCCCACUGAGCAGACCCGCCUCUCCAGCCAGGUGACUGUGGAGGAGGAAGACCCUCCUCCUUACCAGGAUGCUCUCUACUUCCCCAUCCUCAUCGUGCACCGCAAUGAAGGCUGCCUGAACCAUGACCACCGUCACCUCCACCGCAAUGGGUCCUGCGUGGAGACCUCACUGUGAAAGCAGAGGGCAGUGAGAUCUCAUUGUCCAUUGCCUGGCCCAAGCCAGUGCAGGGUUUGGGGAGAGGAGCGCAGGGGAAGGAGGUGGCCUAGGAGGACAUCAGGAUGGAGAUGACACGGCAUCUUGCUCCGGCAGCCAGUGACAGCUCCCCCACCGUGACUCUGACCUCCCGGAGGGGUGAGUGCUGAUGCUCCCUCUGAUAUGGCACAGAACUCUAGACCGAUCACCACAUGCAAAAAAAAAAAAACCACAAAACAAAAAACCAAACCCAACCAAACCACCCCCAAAACCAUAAUUCAUGGCAUCAAGAUCCAAAGGGGGUGAUAAAAAGACAAGUCUGAUGCAGAGAGCUUUGCCUCCCAGCCCUGGCUCCAGGCUGGCUCAUGCUCCAAGGAACCAGCAGCCUCCAGAAAGCACCCUGCUGCACCUCUGCCCACCCUGCUGCCCACGCUAGAGCAAGACCCCUCGCUGGGUGGAGGGGAAUGGGCCCUUUGGGAGCAGCAUGUAACUUCCUGUGCCUAAGGGUCUGGGGCAUCCAGGCACGUGGAGCUAAGCGGCAGGUUCAGCAAUGGCUGAAAGCCACAAAUCCAGCUCUUCCCCUUCCCCCCGACCAUUCGCCACCCUCCCCACUUUUUUUCUAGACCAUGCUCCGACUGUUACUCUGUUUUCACUGCUGGGAAUGGCACCGCCUCCAGAGGAUCCCAGGCUCUGCUCCUUAGGAAGCUUCAGCACUCCAGCUCUGAGAGUCAGCAUCCCCUAGGUAAAGGGCUUUCUGUUUGGGGUUACAGCAGGCAGGCAGCACUGGGGAAAGGAUGAAUGUGCAAACCCAGAUGGAGUGGAGAUCUGCAGUGCUACUGGUUUCCUUGUUGGAGGAGAGCUCAGCUGGAAAGAGAAAAUGGGAGGCUCCCGGAGAGCUGAGGAAGGGGGAGAGGAUGGCACUGGGACAGGCGUUGUGGUAAUAGGCGGUGCGUCAAGUGGCUGGUGUCGCUUCCUGGCUUUGAAGUAUGUCCUAAUUGGUUCAGACAAGCAUCAAGGAAGGCUCUGGUAGGUUCAGCUGCAGUUCACUUAUUGAUAAUAGAGCAGUAGGUUGGUGCAUGUCUGCAAGAGUGAAUUUUGCAUGAGAUCAGGCUGGGCUCUGCCUGCAGACUCUGAACUGCAGGCUCCUGGCAGCCCGAUUUUUGCAGAGAGCUCUGAGGGGCUGGGAGGGAGAUAUCAAAAACAUGAUGGAGCGUUGGGAACCUUGGCUGUGGAAAUGAGGAACAUGGGGAUUCCCUUUUUAUGGGACCUCUGCCGUGAGUGCAGGACCCACAGCUGGGAGACAGGGAGGCAUCUGUCAUAAGGGAUGCUCUGCAGAACAGAGGCUGGGGAUGUGUUGGAAGGGAGCCUGCUUAAAACAGUGGUUUGCACUACAGAGGUUUUUGCAGAGAGGUAUCAGGCUUGGUGAGAAGUGAGAUGGCUUCUGUGCAGGCCAUUAGCCCCUGGGUUCCUCUGCCUUGCUUUUGUCAGGGCAGGUUGGCCGGCUCUGAGCCCUGUGCUGCCCCUUCUGUCCUGCUGGAAGGGAUCUUGGAGAUGUUGGGCAAGAAGCCUUCAUGUCACUGAAGCUGCAUCAGUGGCUGCAGCAUGCACACACCUAGCUUUUCCUCCUCUGUCAACACAUCCCUGUAUCUUUUGUGUCCCUGUUUUCAGAAAAGCUGUCUCCUCUUCAGUCAGGUCUUCAGGGGAGCGCAUGCCAAAUGAGCCACCAAUUUCUCCAGACAGCACUGCUCCUCAGCCUCACCACGCUUCCCUCAUCUGCUGGGGCAAGCAGCAGCUGAGAGCAGCAGGUCUUGGGUCACAAGACCAAGUCCGUUAGGACCUGGGCAUUAGGGCUCGGUGUCUGUCUCCGCAUCCAUCUCAGAAGGGCAAGAUGUAACAGCAAACAGUAAGGCAUUGUAUUUAGUCCAGCCGGUCUUCCUCCUGCCAAUUUAUUAAUGAAGGAAUCUGUUUCUCUAGUUAUGCUGCUGUACUGCUUCACCUCCCAAGUCUUGGGAGGCUGCAAAUGCACCCUUCAAACACAUGAGUCCUCUUGAAAAUCAUCUGUUUCGGGCAAGCCUGGAGCAGUCAGCACCUGCAGGCAUUGUGAGGCUCCGCUUAGUUCCUCCCCCAGAGCGGUCUGUUCUUCUGCUCUUUGUGCCUUUUUUGUCCUGGUUAGCAUCUCUUGCCCUUCAAGUCAGCGUGUCUUCCUGGAUCUCAAGUGCUAGACUCAAAAUAGUGGUUUGAACAGAAGGUCCUGUAAAAUCUCACUCCAUUAUGAUUCUGUCUUAUCACCUGCCCUUCCUCUUGCUACCAGACCUAGAUGUUGGCUUAAGUAAGAGGGUCCCUCUGAGAACAGAGAAGCAUAAGGUCUCCAGUGCAGGCACAUCCCUGUCUGCAUUUUGUUCUCAUUAUUAGCACAGAUUCAGGCUGGGUGAAAGCGGCUACAGCCCCCUUGGCUGCCCUGGGAUUUCCUGCCUUAGUGAUGACAUUUGGCUUGCUGUGUACUUGUGCUUCUCUCUCCAAGGGCCUAAUCUAAGCCAAAGCCGAUGCUGAGGGUCCUUGUGACUGGGGAGAUAAUGGUGUGUGCUUGUAUGUCCUGGUGAAUCAGGAGAUGUUCAGUCAGUGGAGUUGCAGUGGAUCAUUAGUGAGGAAUGUGGUCUGCUUGUCCUUCCCAACAUACUCUUUUUGAAAUCUCCUACACAUCGCUUAGAUUAGGCUGCAAUGGCUCGUCUUUCUAUCUCCAGCCUCCAAGGUGCCUUGGACAGAUGGAUUUAUCUAAGAUUUGGCAGACCUUUUAGCUCCUUGGGGCAAAGACAGUCCUUGGAAUAGGGACAGAUUAGUAGGGUCUCUGUGCCACUGUCCUUUAGCACCUGCAGCAGAGUUCUGCUUUCAGAUACCUUGUCCUUGACUCUUUCUGGGCCUUUUCAUAAGAUUGACUCAACUCAUUUCCCCGGCCCCAUUUUCACUCAUGAAAGCUUAUUCUGGAGCUGGUCUAUCCAGGUAGACACAUGUAUCUUUGAGGCACAGCUGCUGCACUGGCCUGCAGGAUCCAUGCAGAGUCUUCCUGCUGCUGAAUACCUUCCUCAUGCACAUAGUGCCAGCCGCAGCCAGGUCCCAGAUGUAGUCCCAGUGCCACAGUCUGUGGCUGUGCCAGACCCACAGCACCCUGAGGAGAAGUGGGACCUCUCUAGUCAGUGCUACCUGCUGCACACCAGGAUUUCACAGAGAUCUCUUCCUCAUAUUUUUGGCCCUGCUACCCCACUGCACCUGGUGGAGCUGCCCCUUGGUCCAGCCUACUCAGUUCUUGCCAGGCUGGAGACUUUCCUGCUCUGUCUUAGGCUCAGGAAGGGGGAUGGCGUGCUUAGGCAUGGGAGGGGAGCAGGACUAGGCAGGGGGGACAGGAGCUGCCUGGUGGCUUGGUAGAGCUGAAGAGGACAGACUGAAAAUGGGGGUUUGUUCUCGCUCCUCCUUGCCUGCAAUGGCAGGGCAGCAUGUCUAGCCCGGCAGGGAAGUUCAUGGCAGACAACUGGGCUCUCUCUUCCCACCUCCAGCAGGGGAUGCAGUCAGCAGAAAGGGUGUGUGUGUAGAGAUUUCCACCUAAGUGUUGGCAAGGAACUUCAGCACGCUGGCUAAAGGGCAGCUGAUUUAAUUCUCCUUGUGGCUGAGGUUAUCAGCACAGAUAUCCAGAGACGGUCUGUCCCUGUUCUGGUGCACAGCCUCUCCAUGGUGGCGUGGUCCCAUCUCCCCCGGCACACAGACAUCCACCCGCCACAGCUCCGGGCUGAGCAGCAGUCAGGCGCCUGCUCUUCCUGCAGACUUGUGUCUGCUCUCUGCCGUGUCUGUGUCCGUGAUGACGAUUCCUUUGGCAGCUCAUUCGAUGGCUCAGUCUGCUCCUCUCAUGAUAGUCUGCUCCCUUAUAUCUAAUCUGAAUUUUCCCUGCUGUAUCUUAAUCCCAUUACUUCUCCUCCAUUGACUGGCGAGUCUAAUUGGCUCUGCUCCUUUUCCCCAUGGCUUUCCCAACACAAGCGGGUGUUAUCUGGUCUCUGCAGCCUUCCCUUCACCAGUCCCAGGGUCUUCUCUCCCUCAGGAUCUCACUGGGCAAACCCUGGCUUACGUGAGGUGCAGUUUUCCCUGCUCUGAGCCUGGCCUGGGCAAAGAGGAGAGGGCCAAAGGUGCAAGCAACGCCUUGUCUGUCAGGGUGGCUGUGUCCUCAUUUCUGGUGCAGAAGUUCUCUUCAAAGUGAGCAAAGUUGCCCAGAGAGGUGGUAGAUUUCCCAUCCCUGGAAACAUUCAAGGUCAGGUUGGAUGGGGCUCUGAUCUAGUGGAAAAUGUCCCUACUCAUUGCAGGGGGGUUAGACUAGAUGACCUUUAAAGGUUCCUUCCAACCCAAACCAUUCUGUGAUUCUAUGAAAAUACACAGAGCUGCUGGUCCCCUACACAAGGAAAGCAGGACAGCCAGUGUCACCGUCUGCGAAGGUAAAAGGCGUGUGCUUGUCAGUAUGAGGGGGCAACAGCUACAGGAUCUCCACAGUCAGAUGGCUUUGGUUUUUUCCAUACAUCAUUCACCCGUUGCAGCUUUCCAUGGGCCAGGAGUCAAGCUCAGCACAGCACUUGUCAGCAGGCUUUCCUCGCAUACUGGGACAAGUGAAGCAGGAACGCUGGCAGCUUCUCUUCUUGGCCCUUAAUGGUGCUAAUUAAUCCCUAGAAGAGAGAUAGUCAUCACUGCUGCAACGCUGGGCAAUAACUUUGGGCUAUUUGGUGUUUUCCGUUGCUGCCAGUAUACUUGCUGGGUACUUAAAAGCUUUCCAGCGUUUCUGAACUAAAAAAAGAGAGAAUGAGUGUGUGAGAAGCUCUGGCUUAGCUGAUCUCCAAGACCUUUUAUCCAUCUUUCAGCACCCACUGGAAGCCUAGCAGUUUGCUCAUGCAGAACCAGGUGGUGAUACCAACCAGCCUGGUGGUACUUCUUGAGCCCACUGUGUGCCAUGCAGACCACGCCAAGGAGGGACAUUCAGAGAGGGCUUUCAGGUUGAGCAACUGUAGCGGCAUUCGUUAGAAUAGGGAGAGGAAAUCUCAACUUGUGGCCGACGCCAAGCCUUCCGGAGUCACACACCAGGCAAAUACUCAGGAUUAGCACUGUGGAAGCUGCUGUCUUUCUGUUUUCAAACAAGCACAUACCCCUCCCUUUCUGCUCCCGAUAAAAUACAUGUCAGAGACCCAGCACGUCCCUCCCCUCUUUCUUGUCUCUCCGCUCAUGCUCAAGAGGCUGCAGAGCUAUUUAGUAACUCUGAUGCAUGCCCUUGGGGAGGGGACUGCAGGAAGAGGUUUAUUAAGUGGAAGUUUAAGAAAGUUAGGUAGCAUCUGAUGUCAGUAAAACAAUGCCUCCUGAUUAGCCUGUGGGAAGAAUAAUACCCUUUAAGCUCUCCUUCCAGCCUUCCCAACCAUGGCUUCAGUACUGCUGUCUAAUAUCACCAGGAUGCUGCCUUACUUCUAGCGGGGUACAACCUUGCUGCAAUGUGCUCCUGCUCUGCUGCAGUAGCCGUAGGGUAUGGGUCUGAUAUACUACACCACAACCAAGAUGUUGUGUUACCAAAGAGCUGUAAGUCUCAAUCUGUGAUAUGUGCUUCUAAUCAUGUUUCAUUUAUAUUCGGUGGUUAGAAUAAGGUCUAUAUGAAUAUGACCUGGAUCCGGAUCAUCUCAGAAAUGGGAUAUGGUUUAAGUGGUAGCACUGUUUGGUAAUACUGCCUCCUGUGAUGUGCAGGGGCCUAGAGUCUCCACUGAGCCAGGUAUGUGUGGGCACCAAAGCCUGGUUCAUAGGACUUGGGAGCCCAGCGGGACUGAAGUCUGAGCUUACUGAGGGCUCUUUUCUCUGUGGUCUUUCUUGAAAAAGGGGAAAGGGGCUCAGUCAUAUUUUGGGUGGAAAUUAAGGGGCUAUGUUAAUUCCUAGUGUAAUUUUACUGAAGCCAGUGAUCUUGGUUUAGCAGCUCCUCAGAGUGGUCUGUCCUUGAGUCCAGACAAAUUGAUCUGUCACAGUGUUGCUUUGAUGCAUAGAGUUCAUGUUGGAACUUGGCCAACAUGAAUUAAUGUUGAAUACCUACUGUCUCUGCAAGCAGUGGGUUGAAUUGUUCUGCUCUACUGCCUCCAUCACAGCUGCUCCGCCAAGGGAAAUGUUAUGCCCAUGGAUGUGAUCUCGUCAACUCCCUCAAAAGCAAGCUAACAAUCCAAUUGACCUCCACCAUGCUUGGAGAGGAGCCUUCUCCCACAGGACUGUAGCCUUUCUGCACAUGAGGUAAAAGAGGUUCCAAGGACAGAACUGAACCUCAAGACCCAUGGCCUCAUUGCCUCCCCUUCCUUCUUUCCUCCUCACCUCGUCUGUCUGUUUUGGUGGAGGGACAGUUUCUUUGGGGAGUUUCAGCAAGCUCCUCUUCCUGCAGUUCAUAACCAGGCUCUGCUGACAGGUACAUCAUCCACCUAUGCAACACUUCCAGAAGCUGCCAAGUUUUCAGGAGCCCAUUACAAUGUGCAGCGUCGCCAUCCAGCACUGAGAAUAAGCACAGCGGCUGCUGGAAAGCUAAGUGGGUUUUAUUCCUCCCCUCCUCCCAAGGAAGACUGUUUUUGUUGGGGAUUUUUGUUCGUUCGCUUGGUUUUUGUAAAUUUUAUUUGGGGAACUGAAGCUUGUGAGAAAUCGGUGCCCAUCCUGAACCCUCCUUAGUCCUUCGAACUUCAGGAACAGAUGGGUCACCUACUAUGAUUAGAAUUUAGCAGACUUUGUAGAGCUAACUCCACACACAGACACACUAGGUUCUUUCACUCUCCAUCAGCACAAGCUGCUUCUGCAAUCUUAGCUACUCACAUUAGUGAAAGAAAAAGCCUAGCUAGAAUGUGGUGAGAUGACUUAGUAUCAUUCCCGUGGUCUAAUGUCCAUUAGCAGCACUGUCAGCUGCUGUGCUGUGAAUUCGGAAUUUGGAUGUCAGCCCAUGAACUGGUCAGGGUGAAAAGUUUUGGAAAAUCCCAAGCCUAAGUUCUCCAGAAGCAGAUGCAGAGAGAGGAUGAGCUGAAGGCAGACGUCGCCUCCUGUUCAGCCCAGCCAGAAGCUGGUGGGCUCUGUUUGUGCUGCACCUGCUUUCCCAGGGGCUGAGCGGAAGGGAAUGAAAGUAAUGGAGCUUCUGAGGAAGAAGCAUGCACAGGACCAUUCAGCCAGUUAGGAAUAAAGUGUUGAUAACUAGACCCCAAAAUAACAGGAUUUCACUUUGGAAAUGCCAAUGGCUUUUUCAAACUGAAAUGAGACUAAAAGCCCUUUACAGUUGAGAGGAGUGUUUCAGGUUACUGUUCCUUGCUUUAAAAUUUUAGUUUUUGAUGGUCAGGUGGGUUUAAACACUCCACUUCAGCUAGCUCUGUUAGAAAUGCACAGUGCUGGUGGAAAAAAAAUGCCCAAAGACGACUGGGAUGGUGGCCCUGUGGCUUCACAGUGGGGGUAGGCUGAUCAGGAAUGGAGGCUAGAGUUUAAAGUAUUCCUCUGGCCCUGGAGGUGUGACCUGGCUGUCCACCCAAGCAUGUGUGUGUGGCAGGGCAUGCUUCUGCAUGCCCAUGUGUACAGCCAGGACCCGUGGUCCUGCAAAGGGUUGGUGUGUUUGUGGCUUUGGUCUGGUGUCACCCAUCCAUCCUCAUGGUGAGGGCUUUGCAAGGUGACAGAGCACUGUUUGUUCCUCAUGAGAGGAAACUCAUGACCUGGUUUUUUUUGUGAGGAGAUGGUGUGAAGUGUCACGUUUGCUGUAGUGAGUGGCAAGGAGCAGGAAUAAAAGCAUGGAGCAAGCUGUGUUUGAAAGUGAACUAAUCCUUUGCUGGCUGCCUGAAAUGGGGGAGCUGCUGGAUCUGCUCCCUGGCCAACACUCUCCAGCUCUCCUCACCCUCCCCAAACCCAAUGGUAUUCCUCUGAGCUAGCCAAAGCACCCCCCUCCUCUGAACUCCGCCGAGGCUAUGCAUUCCCAUCAUUUUGGUCCUUUCCCAGGUAGACGCUGUGGGCCAGCCAUGUAACACCAGCAGACGCGUGAUGACCUCAGGCAUGCUGGUGACCAGACCUCACUGUAACCUGCUGGUUUGCCUGCACAUGGCCUUCCAAUGAUGCUCCCUGCCUCAUGCUUGGUGGAGAGACAUCACAGCCUGCAGAGCAUUGCAGCACAUCCUGGUCUCACUUUGGCAUCAUUUUAUGUUUUCCCAGAGAAUUUCACAGCACUUCUCUGAGCCUUUGUAGACAGGGUAAGUUUGACAGACUAAGUUAGAAAACAGCAGUCCUUGACAUUAUGGUUGUCCUGAUCUCCAGUGCCUCAGUGCUGUCCCUGGGGAGGAGAAGCAGGUCGGCUCUUCUGGUGAUGCGGGACCAGGGGAUGACGUGGUGAAAGCAGCGUGUCUGCUGGGGAAGUCUCGAAACAUGGGCCCUGUGCUUCUCCGCUGGGACUGAGAGCAGCCUUUCUUUGGCUGAAGAAGGUGCAGCUGAUGGAGGAGCUAGCUGAGGAGGGUAGAAUAGUGUGUAAAUGCUCAGCAAGACAUGUGGAGAGGAGGGUCUGUACAAAAACAGCUGUAAAAGGCUUUGCAGAUGCGGUGGUUUUUGUGGAAGACAUGAGACAAGACAGGGCAGGAGGCUGCUGUGCUGGUGCUGUGAGGCCAGGAGGCUGGGAGGGAAACAGAGGGAGCGGAGCAUUUGAUGGAGAAGCCUGGAAACAAAGCAGGCUUUCAAAGCAGGCUGUGCAUGCUCUGGCUGAGAAGACAGGCAGGAGGUAUUUCCAAGCUGAGGUGCCCAGGCCAAGCCUUGCUGCAUUGUCAGAGCUGCGAUGUUGCCUCCAAGCCCAGCACUGACAGCUUGAGCACGUGUCACCAAACCGCAACGGCUAAUGCAGCCACAAGGUGUAAAUGUCACUAAUGAAUAAAUUGCCUUGUGCCUUGGAGAGGCUAAUCCAUCACAGCUGGGGACGGGGAUCUGACAGGCUCUGCUAUUUCAGGCAUAGCCUGAAGGGAAGAGGAAUGCUUCAUUUCUGAGCUGUCCCCCCUCCCUAGGGAAGCCAUUGCAGGGCUUGGAUCUGCAGGGUUUGGAUCUGCACUGCUCCCCAGCUUCCCAGAUGCAUGAGCUCAGGCUUCAUCCCUCUUCACUGCGACCGAAGGCAGAAGCAGGAUUGGGUCUAGGUUAGCCAGAAGUGCCCUGUCAGCCAGGUGGUGCAUGGGCCCAUCCAGGGCUAGCUGACGAGGGUGUUUGGAGGAAGGCUGCUGCACACAGGGCAUGGGUGGUGUAGGUGCUGAUAGGGUAAAGCAGUGGGUCCCCAGCAAUCUGGAGAGCUUUAAUCAGUUGUCUGGAGUGUAGAGGGCCAGCAGGUACCUGACAGGCAGGGACAGAAGCUCAGCAUGGACAAAUCCAGCUCCAUGGGAUCAAGGGGAGGCUGAAUGCAGCAACCAUUUCUAUGCGCAGCCUCUGCCCAGACCUGUAGCAGCCUGCUCCUCCACUCCCAGUCAGUGCUUGAAAUCAACCUGCCAUCCUGUUUAUGACAUAUGCCAGCAUGACACCUUGCAAAUUGAUGCCUGGGUUGCUGCAAGCAGAAGCCGCCAGGUUUGGGAAGCCGGCCACCGGCUCCUGCUGCCACAUGAGCUGCACUCAGAGCAGCGGAAGCAGGGCUUGCCAUCUGCUGUGGGAGGGAGCCAGCUGGGCGCCCUUGCUCCGGCCCGAUAGGGCACCCGUUGGUGUACUGCAAGUGCAAGCCCUUGUGUCAUUCCCCUUCCUUUACUUCCUAGCCACUCCACUGUCUUCCCCCAUCUCUCAGACCCAUGGUGGGGGAGAUGCUCCCAGCUUGGCUGGAGUCCCUCGGCUGCUGAGUGCUGCUGGCACUGCAUCAGCGGAUGGUGGCGGGAGGGAAGAGCAGCUACCCAGGCAAGGCACUGGAGGUCGUUCCCUCCUCCAGACAGAGGCCCACAUCUGACCCCCCUUCUCAAAGCCCCACAGUGCUCCUUGGGGAUGGAUCUCCUGGGAGAGCUGUGGGGUCUGUACUGGCUGGGCACUGGCACAUGCCCUUUCCAGCACAGAGUGACCUGCUAGUUACCACUCUGCAAGGCAGUCCCACACUACAGUAACUGGACCUGAAGCUGCCAAGUGAGUCACCAACGGUGGGAGCGUUCACACUCAGACAAUCUGCUGUUGCUGUCAGGGCUUUCAUUUUUACCAAUGUGUAUGGCAUUUGAAAUGGUUUCAACUCUUGCCAACUGGCAGAUAGUGGACUGUUGGUCUUGGGUGUGGGUGAGUGGAGCAGGCUGCUUGGUUUGAGCUUUGCUCUUUGGCCAAGAGAUUGGUGGGAGGGAAGGCAAAGCAUUCUCCAGGCAGCAGCUGCCUGUCCAGGCAUUCUUGCAUGUGGCAGCCCAGGAGUGGGUUUGGAGGGUGCUCAGGUGGUGUUAACAGUUGUCUCGGCCAUUUGCAGUAAGAGGAGCUGUGAGUAUCCUGGAAAGCAAGUCAACUGUUGUUCUGGUGAUGAUAUGUUUUCCCAAGCCUUUUCUUUCCAUUCCUGUUCCUCACUGGCUCUGCAACCAAUUCCUCCUCAUGUGUCUGCUAGCAUGUCUGAGGGAGCUCAUUGCUGCCCUCCCAGCACGAGCUUUCGUUGCACAACUGGCUGACCAGAUGCAGCCCUGUACUUGGAGCUACAGGCAGGCUUGCCCAGGACCAGGCCGCCUCCGUUAAGCCCCCACCCCACCCUCACUGCUGGAGCUGUUCCUUCAUCAGCCUGAUGCUGAUCUGGGUCGUUUCUGCUGUUUCUGAACAAGAGUUCUCAUCUCAUUCAGGUGUGUCAUUCGGUGGAAAUAUUUUGUAAAUGCAAAUAAAAAGAAAUAAAUCUAUUCAAUACCUCGGACUCGAGGACGGGAAACAAGUAGUGGGAGACGCCCGGGUGGAGAAGGUCUCACAGCUGCUGCCACUGGUUAAGUUUUCUUGCAGAUGUAGCCCCUGGAGCAUCUGUAAAUAGUUGGGAAGGCAGCUACGCAACCUGAGAGGGCUUGGGGCUGAGCCCUGUCGGCACCCCUCGCGCAGCCACCGCUGCUGGGGACAGCCUCACACUCUCUCCUUUCUGAUCUCUAAGGGCAUGACACGGCGCAGGUAAAGGUCCUGUCAGCUGGGGGCUGGUGGCCCGUGGCACCACAGGCAUCUGAAUCCAUCAGGCAGAGCAAGGCAGAAGCGGGUACAUGGCAAACAAAUUCUUUUGUGAACACUGGGAAACAGUUUUUACUUUUCAACUCUGUCAAUAUGAUCUAGCUCUGUCUGUCUCUCUAUAUAUGUACAAAGAGUAUAUCACAAUGUUGCCUUUUUUGUUGGAAAUAUCAAAGUACAAAGAUUGUAAACCAAAUCGGUGUAAUAAAAGUUUCAGAUGAUUCACUGA